AUGUCCAUCCUCGCGCCCUACGCCGAACAACACAAGGCCACCUCCGGUCCCAACGACAGCCGUCCCACAGCAGUCCAAAUCAUCCAAGACCAAGACCUCGUCGGGAAAUGGACCGAUAAAGUCGUUAUCGUCACCGGCUGCUCCCCCGGCGGUCUCGGCCCGGAAACCGCUCGAGCCUUCCACGUCGCCGGCGCCGACGUCUACAUCACUGUCCGCGACGUUGCCAAGGGCGAGGAGGUCGCCAAGGAUAUCCUAUCCGAUGGCAAGCCCGGCAAGGUCGAGGUCAUCAAGUUGGACCUCGGAUCUCUCGAGAGCGUAAGAGAGGGCGCCAAGGCGUUCUUGGCGAAGUCUGACAAGUUGAAUGUGAUUGUCAACAACGCUGGAGUCAUGGCCUGUCCCAAGGGCAAGACAGUUGACGGAUUCGAAACCCAAUUCGGCACAAACCACCUCGGCCACUUCCUCCUCUUCCAGCUCCUCAAACCAACCCUCCUCGCCUCCUCCACCCCAACCUUCAACUCCCGCGUCAUCUCCGUCUCCUCCUCGGGCCACCGCGGCGGCCGCAUCCAAUUUGAAGACUUCCACUUUGACCACACCGCAGAAUACACACCCUGGGCAGGCUACGGCCAAGCAAAACUCGCAAACAUCCUCUUUGCAAACGAACUCGACCGCCGCUACGGCGCCCGCGGCCUCCACGCCCUCAGCCUCAUGCCGGGCGGCAUCGAGACGCCGCUGCAGCGCCACCAGCCUGGCAUCACCGAGAUGAUUAAAGACCCGGCGGUCCACAAGGUCAUGAAGAGUCCCGCGCAGGGCGCGGCUACGUCUGUUUGGGCUGCUGUCGCAAAGGAGUGGGAGGGCAAAGGCGGGAGGUAUCUGGAGGAUUGUGCCGAGGCGGAGGAGGUGAAGCCUGAGGCGGGGAUGCUCGCGCCUGGGUAUGCGCCGGCGGCGUAUGAUGUUGAGGCGGAGAAGAGGUUGUGGGUUGAGAGUUUGAAGAUGGUUGGGCUUGAGGAUGAUCAGUGA